AUGUCUUCAAAUAAGGCAAGGUCUGGCACCCCUUUCAAUUACAAAUCCUUUUCAAGCGAGUCUGAUGGCAUCCCUUAUGAAUUCGAUCACCCCUCAGAUUCAAUAGGAAGAUACUCCAAUCAACCCAUACCUCUUAAUCUGCUUCCGUUAUCGCCGAAUUUUGUGCCGAAUUAUGAUUCCAAAUCUGUUGAUUCCUACGGAGAGUUGCUCGCUCCCUAUGCAAAGGGAUACGAGCACAUCGUCGACGAGAAUUUCGCAGAACCGAACCAUUACGAGCGACAAUCAACAAACUUCAUCAAAGGCGGCGGAUCAAAUUACGAAGACGGCGUAAGGGCAAGCAACGGCGAAAAAGGCACAAAAGGAUAUUCGAAUCGAGACGAAUUUGCGAAAGGCCUGAAGGGCCGACACCAGAACGACCAAAGAAAAGGUUUUUAUGACGUUCUCGGCGGAGAUAAACGCGGUCACCAGGAACAGGAAGGGCACUACUCCACUAAGCAUCACUCAACUAAGGGCAAUAAGGGCGGAUCCUUUUCCGAAGAGAGCAGUCACGAUAAAGGGUCGAAAACAACUGGAUAUCAUAAAGUUUACCAUAAGGAUGAAUACAAAAAGGAUAAGAGUUUCUAUGAUAAGCAGGAUAAAAAGGGACACUUCAACAGAUACGGAAACUUUAACGCCAAAGCUGGAUCUGACGCCGGAAUUGUUAUCAACGGCAAAUCUGUGGAUGCUGGAUUUAGACAAGGAGAAUUCGGUGCGAAAGGACUUAGCGAAAAAGGCCGUUUCCUUGACGAAGCUAGUGGUUAUAGAGGUGCUAAAGGUGAUGCUAGUCAUUACAGAAAUGACGCUGCAUAUGCCAACAAAGCCGGAAAGUCACGUGGCAGUGAAGGAGGUUACAGCGAGACUAAAGCGGAUUAUGCACAAGAUAAAUAA